CGGGCGGCGCUGUUAGGGCCGCGGCUCCCGCUGCCGAGCCGCGCUCUCCGGGACGAGCUAGGCAGUGAUUCGCGGCGUCGGGUUCACCUUCAGCCAUGGCCCGGAUAGCCUAGCGGGGCCUCGCCCCCCCCCCCACCUCCCCUUCCCCGCCGCGCACCGGCCGCCGCCGCAUCCUGCCGGCCUCGCUGCCUGGCCCGCGCCGGGCAGCCGCCCUCGCCGGGAGCCCUCCCUCGUCCCUGCUCGCGUCCCCCCCGCGGCGGCGCCGCGGGAAGCAGCACCCCCUCCUCUUCCUCCGCGUCCCCUCCCCUCCGGCCCCCGCCGGGGCCGCUUGUUGCACCGCCCGCGGCCUGCGGGAGCCGCUCGCCGCGGCCGGGCCUGGCGCUCGUGUCUGCACUCCCUUCCUCUCGCCCCCCGGGGCCCGCACCCCAACCCGACCGGAGAGACCCCGGCCCAGCCUCGUCGCCCGCACAAAAUGUCGGCCCGGACGCCAUUGCCAACGGUGAACGAGCGGGACACUGAGAAUCAUACAUCUGUGGAUGGAUAUACGGAACCACACAUCCAGCCUACCAAAUCAAGUAGCAGACAGAACAUCCCCCGGUGUAGAAACUCCAUUACGUCAGCAACAGAUGAACAGCCUCACAUUGGAAAUUACCGUUUACAAAAAACAAUAGGGAAGGGGAAUUUUGCCAAAGUGAAAUUGGCAAGACAUGUUCUAACUGGUAGAGAGGUUGCUGUGAAAAUAAUAGACAAAACUCAGCUAAAUCCUACCAGUCUACAAAAGGCCUGCAUCUGGUGUUAUUGAGGAUUGGAACAGCUUCCUCAAAAACUGGUUUGAAAAAACUUAUGAAAACAAACAGCAUAAUUUGUUUAUUGAAACAUGGAGAAAUGAUCUGAACAAAUACUUUAUUGAAGAAACUAUACAAAUGGCAAAUAAAUUGGAAAGAUGCUUUACCUCAAUGUCAUCAGGGAAAUGAAAAUUAAAACAAUGAUGAAAUACCAAUACAUACCCUGUUAGAAUGGUGAAAAUUCAAAACACUGACAACACCAAAUACUGAUAAAGAUGUGGAGCAACUGGAACUCUCACAUUGCUGGUGGGAAUGCAAAAUGGUACAGCCAUGGUGGAUAAGAAACUUGGCAGUUUCUUAUCAGACUAAAUGUACUUUUCCUCUGUGAUCUGCAGUUGCCCUCUUCAGUAUUUACCAAAGAAGGUGAAAACAUAGGUCUACACAGACAGCUGCACACAGAUGUUGAUAUCAGCUUUCUUCAUAAUUGACAAAACUUGGAAGCAACCAAGCUGUCUUUCAAUGGGUGAAUGGAUAAAUAAUAUGUGGUACAGUUAAAUAGUGAAGUAUUGUUUGGCACUGAAAGGAAAUGAACUAUCAAUCCUUGAGAAGACAUAGAGGAACCUGAAAUGACUAUUAUUGAGUGAAUCUGAAAAGGCUACAUAACAUAUUAUUCUAAGUAUAUGACAUUCUGGAAAGGCAAAACUAUGGGAACAGUAAAAAGAUUAGUGGGUACUAAGGUCUGAGGGUAAAUAGGUAGAGUGCAGAGUAUUUCGGCAUAGAGGAAUAUUACAUGUUAUACUUUUGUCCAGACUCACAGAAUGUACAACACAAGAAUAAACCCUAAUAUAAAGUAUGGUCUUUUAGUGAUAAUGGUUUGUUAAGUACAGGUUCAUUGAUUAAAAUAAAUACACCACCCUGGUUUGGGAUUUUGAUGGGGUUGGGGAUGAGGCUGUAUGUGUUUAGGAAGGGCAAGGGAGUAUAAAAACUUUGUACUUUCUGCUCAAUUUGCUGUCAACUUAAAAUUUAAAAAAAUUAAUGUGUGUGUGUGUGUGUUUGUGUGUGUGUGUAAAACAACUUCUGGUGCUACCUUUCUUGCCUUUUCCUGAUUCACAUGUCCGAAUAAGGCAAUUUGGUCAGUGAAUGUGGCUGUCCCUCUGUGGUCAGGUAUUUAGUUUCAACAAGAGCCCAGGAAAAGGUAAUAUUCACUUUUCAAAACCUGUUAUACCUGUUUGGGAGAUGAAGAGUCCAAAACAUCAAGGGACUCUUCUUGGGUGUGAAGCUGCCUCCCUUUGUUACAGGUUCCAGUCAGCAAAAUCAUGAGUGACUUGGAGCUCCAAGAAGUCAUUAGGACUAUGGGGCCCCAAAGGUAGAGUGGUCUAGGCACUGAUUGGUACUGAUAUUUCUUCAAUACUAGGCCUUCAGAUGAAGAAUGGGGCAGAGGCUGGAGCUAGUAAUUUGGCAAGACCUAACAAAAUUUAAGAUGUGUAUACCCCGCUAUCAAACAAUUAUUUCUAGGUAUACCUUAGGGAAGCAUUCAGAAAUGUUCAUUAUAGCAGUGUUUGCAGUAGUGAAAAGUGGAAGUAAAUUAAGCAUCCUCGGUAGGAAGCACAGUGUAUAAAUGAUAGAGUCUUGAAAUAAUGCAAUAGAAUACAGCAAGUAAGAUAGAUGAGCCAGAUCUAUAUCUAAAUAUAGGGAUAAUUCUCAAAGCAGAUGUCAAAAGAAGGAUAAGUUUAGAAAGAUAUAUUCAAUAUGAUUCCAUUUAUCUAAAGUCUAAAGCACAGAAAUUGAACAUUGCUACGUAUAGAAAAAGUAUGAAAUAUGUACAAUGAUAUGUACCUUAGGGUAAUGCUUAGGAUGAAAAGGGAGAGAAAGAGGUGGGGGUGUCUCUAGUUCUGACUGUAAUGGUUAAUGUAUUAAUAAUACCUUAUUAAAAUAGUAACCAAAAUUCAUAAUUCUUAAAUAAAAAAUAUAAAGCUAUAACAUAAUGCACAUACACCAUUUGUUUAAUCUUAGUGAUAAAUUUUGAGGUUCUUCAUUUAUUUUUGUACUUUUCAAAAGAUUUGAAAUAUUUUAUGACCCAAAAAACAAAUAGGGAGAAGAACGUUCAUUCCAGUGAGAGAGGCUGAUUUUGUAAGGCCCUGAGUAUCAGGGAAGGACCGAAUGAGUACAGAGAACUGAGGGGAAAAUGCUGGAUGGUUGGAGUGCAAUUCUUCUGGGAGCAAGAGUUUCAUGAGAUGAGGCUGGAGAGGGAAAUGGGAUCUUGAUUUUCAGGGCUUGGUUGUUCACAAUUAUGGAUUUUGAUCUAAUGGCAUUGGUAAACCACCAAUUUGAGAGAAAUCAAAUAUUAGGCUUGAAUUCCUGUGAGAGAAUCAAGUGAAAAUAUAGAGUACAUAAUGUGGGGAUUAACUUUUGAGAUUAAAAAAAUGUUCUGGAUGAGGAAUAUAAAUAUAGGAGUUGGCAUCAAAUUGCUGAUAUUUGAAGCUAUGAAAGCACCCAGGAAGAGCACGUAGAGUGGGAAGAUAAGGGGGCUAAGAACUGAACACUUAGGAGUCCUUGUGUUAAAGGCUGAAGAGCAGGGAGAGGAUCUAGUGGAAGACUGAGCAGUCAAUAAGAGGAAGGCAAAUGGUUAGGAAAAUAGUUUUAGAGCUGGGGAGGAUAUCUCAAGUGUACUGAAAACCAUCAAGAGGUUAAGUUGAGUGCUUUGUCCCAAACACAAACCAAGAACAUAUUUCACAGUUAUAGAGAGGGGUUGUCUUGAAUGUGAAUUAACUUGUCUUUGUAUUCUAUUUACUUACAUGAAUAUAUACACUUACAGACUUAGAAACUUCCUAGAUCUCAUGUAGGAAUUAUUGAGGAUAGCUAGGGCAAGCUGUUUGUAGCAGGUAAGUCUUAAGUAUUAAUUAGGCUUUUCCAUUGGAAUGAAAUUUUAUUGGUGUGUUUUGUACCUUAUAUUUACUUCUUUUCAGAUCAUGAUAAAAUGUGAAUACAAUUUACUAUUUUAUCCAUUUUUAAGUGUACAGUUCAGUGGCGUUAAGUAUAUUCACAUUGUGCAGCCAAUACGAUCCAUCUCCAGAACUGUUUUCAUAUUCCCAAACUCUGUACUUAUUAAACAGCAACCAUCACUCUCACAUCCUCCCAGCCCUUUGCAACCUUAUUCUACCUUCCAUUUUUAUGAAUUCAUCUACUCUGCUUUAGAUCCUUUUAUGAAUAUAGUUGUACAGUACUUGUCCUUUUGUGAUUGGAGUAUUUCACUUAGCAGUUUCCUCAAGGUUCAAUCCAUGUUGUGGUAUGUGUCAGAGUUUCCUUCUUUUUUAAAGCUGAAUAAUAUUCCAUUAUGUGUAUAUACUGCAUUUUGUUUAUCUAUUUAUCUGUUGACAAAUUCUGAGUUGCUUCCACAUUUCGGCUAAUGUGAAUAAUGCUGCUGUGGACAUUGGUGUACAAAUAUUUGUAGAGUCCUCAAUUUCAAUUAUUUUGAGUAUACGGUAUAUACCUAGAAGUGCUAAAUCAUAUGGUAAUUCUGUUAAUUAUUUUAAGAAUAUUGUUUUUUAUAAUACUGUAUUGAUCUAAUUGAUUCACAGAAGCUUCAUCAUUUAACAUUCCCAUCCGCAAUAUACAAGGGUCCCAUUUUAACCACUUUCUACACUUAUUAUUUUCUUGGAGUGUGUUUUGUUUGCAUUUUUGUUUUGUUUUUUUGUAUUAGUCAUCCUGAUAGGUGUGAGGUUGUAUUGCCUUGCAGAUUUGAUUUGUGAUUUCCUAAUGAUUAACAAUGCAGAGCAUCUUUUCAUUUUCUUUUUUAGCCAUUGUAUAUCUUCUUUGGAUGAAUGUCACCUCUGGAAGUACCGAAUUUAGAUUUUAUUCUGACACAACUCAUAUGUCUUAAUAUAGACUUUUUGGAAUAUCACCAAUUCUUGGUUAUUCUCUUUUCUUGAACAAAUUGCUUGACUUAGAAUCUAACACAUAUGCAAAGACAGAAGAGAGGGGAAAAAUGCCAAGUCAUACCUUUGAAAAAUGGGCCAUAUAGAGAAGCAAUUUCUUGCCAUUUUGUUUUAGUUUCAUAUAAAGUACUGAAUAUAUUUUGUUAUCCUUUCUUAUUAUUCUACAAGUAUACCUAAAAAUGCUCCUGAAUCUUUCAUUAAAAUGUCUGGUCAGCCAGAAGAGAUAUAUUUAAACAGUUGUACCCCCAAUGAAGUUGUUUCUGGAUAAAGAACAUGUGAAGGAUCGUUUUAUUUCAUUUCCACAGUAUUUUUUCUUUUGUUCCUAGUCAGAGAGUCGUUGAAUAAAAAUGUUAGUUUUAUUGCUUAUAGUGCAUUCACUUACCACACAGGCACAGAACCAUUUAUGUUCACUUAGUUAAAAUUCUUUUCGAAACCAAGUCUCUGAGACUGAUCUGUUAAAUCUAAGUUACAUAGCUCAUUUGUGCAUAGAUAGCACUGAGAGACAUCUCUUGUUUCUACUCAUUACCAGAAUGUUGUAAUGUCUUGUAAGCAGGUGAAUUUUUUCAAAUAAAUAUUUCAAUUGGCUCUCUGCUUGAGUCUUGUCUUUUU